AAUCGCACUGGAUUACAACCUUAUAUUCGAGCAUGCCGGAGGACUUAAGUUGAAUUUUAUUUGGACCUUGGAGCUUUUUGGCUGUCCACAGACACCUCCAAAGUCCAAAGCCUUUUGCGUUUUGUACACAGAUCCACCAGACCUUUCCUGUAUGCAAAUUUAUAUCAUACAUAUAACAGCACAACUCAAAAGACGCAUUGAGUCGGAACGGAACACAGUGUCGUGUUUCAUAUCAAACCAACACGAAUCUAUACAGAAUCAUGCAAAGCGCUUCCACUUAAACCAAACUUUUAAUACAUGGCUAAGAAAGGAAAAACUGUCGAAUUUCAAGCCAGCUCUUCUUCGACAACUCAACUAUCUGUAGCGGAAUCAGCACAAGCAUUAGAAGCGGCAGUCAGUUCAAAACCGCCAUGGUUCAGAAGACUAUACAAUAAUUUAUCUUCGUCAAGACAAAUAUUCUGCUUAUUUUGUAUAUUCGAUUUUCUAUUCACGUUUCUUCUGUGGGUUAUCUAUGCUCAGGGUGUGGCUGUCACUGGUAUAAAUGAUUCUCUUUCUCAAGAGGUUAAACAUUAUGGAAUUACGUCUUCUCUUUUUGACAUUAUGAUUCUUUCUUUGGUACGUGUUACGUUAUUACUGUGGAUUUAUGGUUAUCUUGUCUGCAAAAAAGUACAUGUGGUAGCUCUAACCACAUUUGUAUCGACUGUAUAUCUUUUAACGAAAGCGUUUGUAUUUGACUUUGAUGAUUCAAGUAAGGAUAAUGGAAGCAGACCAGUUGACUAUUUUCUUGAAAUUGGAUCAUUUGUAUUGGUUUGGGUUGAGGCCUGGUAUAUGCGAGUUAAGGUUCUCCCCAAAGAGAAAAAAGCAGCAACGAGUAUAAUUUCACAGAAACCAGGUUAUGGAUCUAUCAAACCGCCAUUGAGUUCAGCGUAUUCUGUGCUCUCGUUUCAUACACCACCGGAACAAGAUUCAGAAGAUGAAGAAGAGGUUAUUAGAGAGAAUUUGGGAUUCAUUGAAACUGCACGAAAAGCAACCAGCAAAGCAUUGGGGUUUUUGUACGCAGAGAAAUCUUGGGACAUAGAGAAACAAAAGGAUGGCAUCUUGGUAGAGAGUACAACGGAUGAAAAUCUUGGGAAAAUUCUCAGAUUGAGGGCGUGUAUCAAUGCAAAUCAUCAGCUUGUACAUCCCAUGGUAUUUGGCGAUAAGGAAAAUAUAAAGAAGUGGAAUAAAAACAUCACACAUGCUGAGAUCAUUCAAAAAGUGAAUUCAACGACCGAUAUUACCUACUCUUGCAUCGGGGAAAUGGCUGGGGGAAUAAUGUCAGCGAGAGACUACGUAACGGUGAAUCAUUACCAGAGGAUCGGAGAAAUGUAUAUGUCAACCUCUACAUCAGUCAUUUCAUCAAUUAAACCUCCAAUAGAAAGUUUUGUGAGAGGAGAAACUAUUCUUAAUUCCUAUGCCCUCCUUCCGGCAGAAAACGAAACAGAUAAGUCGGAAUUUGUUUGGAUAGUUACCACAGUAAUGAAGCCUCCAAACUCUGUUCCUCAAAUGUUCAUUGACCGUGGAGUGGUAGGAUUUCUUAUCGAAUGUACGAAUAAUCUGAGGAAUGAAUGUGAACUACUCAAAAGUAAUGCAAAUAAUACGUCAUUAAAGUGAUCAUGAAGGCAACGAGGAGCAUUUGGGUCUCGGGGCCCGUGCCGAUCUUCAUGCAAUAAAUGGAUGAUGUGCGAUAACCUAAUGACCACACACGCAUUUAUGACUUGGUAAUACACGUUAAACUACGAAGGCUGUAAGACACAGUGUGUGUAUUCUAGUCUGUGUAUUCCAGAAAGACGAUUGUGGUAUCUCGCUGAAUAUUCAAGAAAUAGUCUAUAUUUUUUCGCGCGCAUCGCAACUUUUCUCUGCGUCGCAGUCACGAAGUGUAAUUGAACAAGCUUUAAAAAGUGGAUGGCAGCCUAAAGUCACGACAUAUUUCGUUCAUUGUACUGGUAAUGGGAAGAAUUUUCUUUUCAA